AUGUACGCAGACACGACCCAUCCGCGCCGCGCUUGCUGGUGCGGCGCAGGUGGCGUGGCCGGCUGUGUGAAGCAGCGACAUGCGUACCGAUGCUCGCGACUCCUGGCUGGAACUUUGCUGAUUGUCGGCGCACUGACGCUCGCCGUAUCCACGGCGCCUACGGCGUGGGCUGAGGGUGCCCACAUCUCGUCGGACGAGCCUGUGUACCUGCUGAACGCCAUGUACUCGUUGAGUGAUUACAGUGCGAAUCAUGCAAAGGCUCUGUGGCUGGGCAUCGACUCCGCGCUGCACGCGGCUAGCUACACCGCCGCUGGCGGCCGCCCCAUCAGGAUCAUUGAACCGGACCCGAAGGUAGACCUGUCGGACAUUGUAGCGGUCGUGAAGAAGGCGCUCAAAGACUACCCGUCGCUUCUUGGCGUGAUUGGGCCGUACUCUGACACGUACCUUGGUGCCUUGAUGAGCAGCCCUGAGAUUCAGAGCAGCGGGCUGAUGUUCCUGGGCCCGUUCACCGGGUCUAGUGCUUUGCGUGUGUGGAACGAGAACUUGUACUUCACGCGCGCGGAGCCGCGGCUGGAGAUCAUGGCAAUGGUAAAGCACAUAGCCAAUACAUUCCGCGCUCGCCGCACGGCGUUCAUGUAUCUGACGGGCGAGUGGUUCGGCAGCUUCGAGCACGAGCACAUUGUGGAGGUGAUGACGUCUCUCUCGCUCGACCCGCCGGCGGUGUACUCCGUGCCGUACUCGCCGAAGAAAACUGGCUUUGACAAGGACGCCUUCGACGCGAUGGCGGACACGCACCCGCAGGUGAUCAUACUCUGGGGAAUACCUGGUGAGCAGGUUGCGGGGCUCCUGCAGGCUGUGCUGACGGACCCGCGUACGUCGUCGGCGUACAUCAUGACCUGCUUUGCGCUGCAGCAGAUGACAUUCCAGGUGUACUACGACCUUGCGAUGGCUGGGAAGCUGACGCCUGUAGACGGGCAGAUUAUAUCGAGCGCUACAUCCUUUCCGCUGACGGAACCUGCGUCGAUCCAUCUGAAGGUCUUCAGGGCACAGAUGGGGGAGUACAUGGUGAAGACCGACCGCGUGGACGCGAGCCUGUGGGCCGACGAGGCGAAGGCUGUGCGGCAGUACGGCCCGUGGGUGCGUGAGGCGCCGCCGUCGGACUCUGAUGCAUACGUGAACAACUUCUUCAACGAGCACCCGUGCGUAACGCAGCUGAUGAUUGCUGGGUGGAUUUCUGGCUCGCUGAUCGCGCAGACGGUUGAGGAGGAGAGCUGGAUCGCGGAUCGGACGGCGUACCGAAAGUACAUAUUCGCUCAGCAGCGCUACAUCAUAGGCGAGGACUUUGUUCUUGGUGACUACGGCGGACCGUGCUCGUUGAUCGCCGAGUUCCUGGGCGCUGUGUGCUACUGUAACCAGGGUGGGUACACGGCGGUCCUUUCGCGGCUCGACGAAGCCGUGUGGACCAUUAUUGACCGCUCUGGCGUCAGCUUCACCGGGAAAAGCUGUUACUCCGAUGGAGCCGCCCUCCCGCGGCCGCUGAACUUCCUGACGCUGGUGUACGUGGAUUACCCCGAUCUCAUGAACGCUGCACGGAGUUUCCAUCGUGCGGUAAAUGCCUUCAUCGAAUACAACGAGUUUAUGGAGCGCCAGGUAACCUUUGGGUCUCUCGUAGUAACAGAGCGCAGUGCGCAGCCGUUACUGGAAAGUCGUCUCGAGGAGGACGUUGUCCACAUGCUGUCAGGCACGCUAGUGAGGGGUGUGAACGUUGGUGAGUACUUGGUGCCCUCCCCCCUCUACCCUCGGCCACACCUAGUAGAGCCGUUAAGAAACUACGUGUAUCUGAUGCCAACGCUUGAGCAGCAGAUGUUCGUGCUGUACGCGAAGCUUUCGGUUGUGAGGGGCGUGACGUCGAUCGACUCGACCGUACAUGUGAUCAUGCACGGCUACCCCAGCGAUGAGCUAGCGAACAUCACCGCUGUGCUGUACAAGUCUGCUGCGACGCUCAACUACAAGAAUCCGAUUGUGACUGCGGUGCCCUCCACGGAGACUGUUGGGAGUGCGCUGGUUCGCAGGCGGAUCAACUUCGUGCUUGCCGUGACCGCUGCGGAUGUAGCUGACAUCGUCGACUUUCUGGUUGAGGAGGAGUCAUCGAUUGUUGUGAUAGUCUUCGAUGACUUGGUGAUUCAGUACCCCACGCUUGUCACUGCCCUCAAGUCGAAGCCGGCGUCUGUGCAGGCGCGCGUGAUCACGUUCAGUAACCUGCCGCUCUGGAGCGACACGUCGGAGAGCGCGCAUGCUGCUUACCCUCUUCUCCUAAGCUUUCAUGGGGCGAUGGAGGAUCCUGUGAACUAUACGCCAGGUGCCCUACGUGACAUUGUGACUGGGGUGUUCAUGCUGCAAGUUCUCUCGAAUACGGCCAAAGCGAACUCUUCUGCGCUCAAGGAAACAAUAUACAGUACCCAUGUCGUCGCAGCUAGCGGCUUGUCCUUUGGCAGGUUUCAGUGGGGCUGCACCACGACGCCAACGGAGAGCCUCUGUGUGCACCAAAACUACGGUGCUCAGGGCAUCGUGAUGCUGUCCGUGCAGCGGAUGCUGGACCCGACGGUGCCGAUGCUCUCCUCUCCAAUGACGCCUACCAUGGAGUAUAGCCCGCGCCUGGGGUCGCAUGCGCUGACACCUGCGCAACGCGCCGGCGUUAUUGCUGGCUGCGUCGUGGGUGGUGUGGUGCUGAUCACAACUUGCACGCUGAUUCUGUACUGCUGCAUCGACAGCCGCGACAACGACGCCGCGCCGAAGGACGGUGACGAGCCGGUGACGCUGGUCUUCACGGACAUCGAGAGCAGCACUGCACUGUGGGCGGCGCUGCCGCAGCUGAUGACUGAGGCGAUUGCUGCGCACCACCGUGUGAUCCGGCAGCUGGUGAAGAAGUACGGGUGCUACGAGGUGAAGACGAUCGGCGACUCGUUCAUGAUCGCGUGCAAGAGCGCGCACAGCGCUGUGAGCCUUGCGUGCGAGAUCCAGACGAAGCUGCUGAGGCACGACUGGGGUACUGCGGCGCUGGACAGCGCGUACCGCGAGUUCGAGCUUGCGCGCGUGGACACUCUGGACGACUACGUGCCGCCGACUGCGCAGCUGAGCGAGGAGGAGUACGCUGCGCUGUGGUGCGGGCUGCGCGUGCGCGUGGGGAUCCACACGGGGCUGGCCGACAUCCGGUACGACGAGGUGACGAAGGGGUACGACUACUACGGUGACACGCCGAACAUGGCUGCGCGCACGGAGGCUGUUGCGAAUGGCGGGCAGGUUAUCGCGACGGAGGCGGCGUGGUGGGCGCUGUCGAACGACGAGCGCGCGGGCAUUGCGCACACGGCGAUGGGGCCGCAGGGGCUGCGCGGCGUGCCGUUCGCGGUGGAGAUGUUCCAGCUGAACGCUGUGUCUGGCCGCCGUCACGCUGCGCUGCGCACUGAGAUCGAGGCGAUCGUGCCGGAUGAGACAGCGACGGAGACGGCCUCGAGCGCUGCAGGCGCGCUGCUGUCGUCUGUGGGGACGAUGAACGGCCCUGCUGCUGGCGUUGCCUUCGUGCUGGUGAGCUGCUUUGCGCCGUACCCCGUUGCGCAGCGCGUGCGGGAGCUGCAGCCGCUGCUGAGCAAGUGGGGCGUUGGCGCGCCGCCGCGGAGUUGUGCUGUGAGCGAGGAGGACUACUGCCAGGGGCUGGUGAACCGUCUUGCGGUUCGCAUUACGACGGUGUUGCAGGCCCGCCAGCAGAUGCGCAACAACGAGGCUGGGGUGUCAGGAGAUAUACAGAACUUUAUCUCUAGUGGAUUGCUGAACCCGUUCCUGGGUGAGGGCAGCUUUGUCGCAGACGGCGCGAGGGCACGGCAUUCGGGGCUGACAGCGGUGCCGCCCUCUGCGGAACCGUCUGCGAUGCGCGAGUCGCGUCUCUGGAGACGACCGGUCUCGGGUGGUUUCUUACCGUUGGCGACGUUGGUAGGAAAGGAUCACUGCAGUUUGAGCUUCGCGGGGUUCCAUGAUGAGGUGGUGCCCUUCACAGCUCAGGCGUCGCGGCGGCCUUCAGAGGCGCACAAUUCGCGGAGUGCGAGCGUGUCUUGCGAGGUGGUCGUUGUGCGAAUGCCGAUGAAGCUAGGGUGCCGCCGCCGCCCAAGCUUGCUGGAGCCGUUGGCGGAGGAUGUGACCGAUGAGGCGUAG